UUAUCCAGAACUCCAAAUCUAUACUACCUUGACGCCGCCAACGGCUGUUGUCGCAACUUGAUGAUGUGCACUCUGCCGUGUGAUCGUAGACUCGUUCUUGCUUUCUUUCCUACCUACCUGUGAACCUCUUCGGUCUGCGUAAUGCCUUCCAAACGUACUCGCGCAGCGUUCGAAGAAGACCUGCAAGCUCAACAAUCGCCAUAUGUCUUUUUCGGCACCGCGCUACCUCCGAUAGAUCCGUCUGUCCGUGACGAUGGCUCUUAUGUCCCCAUAUGGAAGCAGACUGCGACUGACGACCAGGGAAGGAGAAGGCUUCACGGUGCGUUCACUGGAGGUUUCAGCGCUGGAUACUUCAAUACUGUAGGAUCAAAGGAAGGAUGGACGCCCUCAAACUUCGUCUCUUCACGCCAGAAGCGACACUUGGACGCUGCAACUCCAACUGUACAGCGACCUGAGGAUUUCAUGGAUGAGGAAGACCUUGCCGAUGCUGCUGACUCGGAACGCAUACAUACCUCAAAAUCAUUUGCGUCAAUUGGAGCCACGCCCGCCGAACAAGCUAAGCUGAACCUUGCGCGGGGCUCUGAGGACACAAUAGGUGCAAGAUUGCUGCAGAAGAUGGGCUGGCGCAAGGGCCAGGGGAUAGGACCCAAAGUGCGCAGGAAGGCUGAUCUUGGCCCUGAAAUUGAGGGUGUGGACACAGAUGACCUCACUUCAUCAUCACAUUUCUUUGCUCCACCUAAUUCGCCGCUGGUUCUAAUAAUAAGAAAAGAAGACCACAAAGGCUUAGGAUUUGGUACGGUGCAAGACAAAGCACUAUCAAGGGCAGGUGAUCUCCCUGAUAACGAGUGGCAUGGCUUGCGUGAUCCUGUAGACCCAGGGUUGAAGAAGAAACAAAAGCAGUCUCAAUCGAAAAAGAGUGGCUUUGGGCUUGGUGUUUUGAAUGAUACUGGUUCUGAUGAUGAAGACCCUUAUUCGAUGGGCCCGCGAAUCUCAUUCACGUCGGUCUCCAAUCGUGACAUCAAAUCUAAGAAAGCAGGAUCAAAAAAGUCUCCUGCUAUCAACGUGCCUCGAGCGGCAACUCAACCAUUACUUUCCUCGAAGAACAGGAUCGAACGUCAGAAAGCGGUGACAUGCCAGAAAUGUCACGAUGGAAAAUUACCCCUGCAAGGCUUCCACUUGUCUAAGCACUCUCUCCGACUAUCUGGGCCUAGCUUUCCACUCCCACGGAUACCCCAGGGGUGGUCCUCAAAGAUAGAACUGCAAACGGGGGUCAAUGGUCCAGGAGUUGUCAAAGAAACGGAGAAAGCCACUCUUGAUCCCGUAUCGAGAGCUCGAAUUCUUGGGGAGACUCCUCUACCGGGCAAAUCGGUAUUUGAUUUCAUGUCUGCUGACGCUAGGAAUCGGAUAGCAUCAGCCUCAGGCAGGACAAAUUUGCCACCUGGACGUGGAGAAAAUAUUUCCGGAGGCCUGAACAAAACAGUCGAGAUGCUCUCGGACCUAAUACGACCGCCUCCUGCAGAGGCUGCUGAAGCGGCUCUAAGAAGAUUGGUAGGGGGUUGGAAUCCUUACGGAACUGAUCAGGACAAGGCACUUCGAUAUCAAACUUUCUUGGAGAUAUGCACGAGUCCAAAACUAGGCUUGCCAGAUCAGCCAAAGGGAAUGUCGAAAAAGGACUGGAUAGGCGAGUUGGAAGAGUUUGCACAUGCUGCCCAGGUCUUCAAGCCUGUCACAGGUAUGAUGGCUUCUCGUUUUACAGCUGCAUCUAGCCACUCUACUGCGAAUGCACCCGAACAAGUUAGUCAGGUAAGCGGAACCCUUACGAAGAGCAACGGGGCGCAGGAAGCUGCAAGAGCCGGGAUGUUUGGUCCAUUGACAAGAAGUAUACAUCAAUUCUAUCCGACAAGACUGCUUUGCAAGCGAUUUGGAGUACCGCCCCCGAAUCUUGCUUCAGGAGACAAACCAUCAGAGCCCGUGAACAACCCAAUAAGUACAAGUGGCAUGGGCGUUCAAGACUUUCCUUCCCAGUCACGAGAUUCGACAUUGAUCGUAAAGACAUCAGAUGCAUACACUGCAAACCCAGUUUCCUUAGCAUCCACACAGCCCGCUGUGCCGCCGGUCGUAGACGCUGAGUCGAAUACAGCCCUUGAGGAGAGUCGUGCUGCCCAAGAGAUAUUUGAUGCCAUAUUCAACAGUGGCUAAUAGAUUCUACGAUGUACGCCAAAACGGAUCGCAUAGUUAGGUCGUCGUCUGAUGUAACUGUAUAGCAACAAUAAAUCUCCAUCUGAAAGGCUAAAAGACGAACGUGCAUCCUUCAUCUUCUAUCCCAACACCUUCCGAGGUUGAACAGCGAUAGAUACAACCUUGGCCAGAAUCUUCGAACUAGUCACUACGCACUACAGUGCGAAUGCUGCGUCCGCUUCAGAAAUGCGAGCACAACAUCAGUGACGGCGCAUGCGGUUGCAUAUGGCCUGCGCCCAGACGAGAUGCUUCUGAGAGAAGUUAAUUCGUAUACAACCUGAGGCUUGUGGUACUUAGACGAAAUAAAGUAUGACACAGAUGGCUCGCGGAAGAUUUAAACGUAGAAGAUCUUGGUUACGAAGGCAGUCAAACGACCUGGCGCUGCUUAGGCCCUAGAUUUGGUUUGAAGGGUUUUUGUAUGCAACAAUGUAUGAAUAAGUCGCU